AUGCAGCCAGUCACUCAACACCUUUCAACACCGGUGGAAGAAAACAAAGAUGGUCAUUUUAGCAGCACUGCUCAUAAAAAAUACUACAACAAAAAAUGGAGGCGCAGCAAAGGGAAACAACCUUCCACCUCUCUGGGGAAAGAGCGGAUCAUGGCCAUUUACGUUUACAGCCUCGACAAACCAAAAGUCUAUCUGGAUUUCAACAAGGCAGUUCAAUCACAGAAGUCAGAGUACAAGACCACAUUCAGGUACCACGCACUGCACUUUGUCCUGACCAAGGCGAUUCGAUUCGACUCUUUCACCUCUGCCUCGAUGGGCUGGUACCCCAGCUCGGAGAGAUUUGGAGACGAGUCCUGCUUUGAGAUAGUCUUGUGCCAUGGAGCAGACGUCUCGCUGUUCUCGAAGCUCGGGGAGGCGGAGCGGGAGGCCCUGAUUCCUCCUUAUGAGGUGUUUAAAGUCACAAGCGUUAAGAGGAGAUCGGAGCAGAAGAAUCUUCCGUGUGAGGUCGUCUAUAAACUGAAAAGCACGAGAAAAACUCUUUCCAGUUUGAACUGCGCGCUCUUUUGAAUGGAGCCUUUUCCUGCCUGCAAAAUAAAAUGCUUUGUAACGAUGUCAGAGAAAAUAAUGACUGAAACUGCUGUGAGUAAGAAGUAAUGAAAAUGUGGUUAUGGUAUUUAAAACGAGCCUUUGUUCUGUUGUUAAAGGACAGUUUUUUUGUUAAAGUGUAUGAGGUACUUGUCAAUAGUAAUGAAUUAGCUACAGGAGAUGCUGGUUGGCUCCGCCAGUUUUUAUAGAGAAACCAGCUCGAGUGUUAGCAUGGAAGCUAGGCUAUACAUAGCUUCACAUCGGGCCAUUUGUACCAUGUAAUUUAGCGACGAAAAAAUCAAUAUGUGAUCUGCCCAACAGGUGCAAAAUGAAAUGCAAAAUAAAUUAUUUAAUUUCUCAAAGUUGGUUAAAUGAAAUGUGACAAAAUACCCCGUCUGCAUCGAGCUAAGUGUUUUCGCUUCUGUACCAGCACUUUGUUGGUUUCUCCUUGAAGAGGCCGAGCUGACCGGCGACUCCUGUGGCUCAUAUGUAUAGUCUUGACAAGUACCUCAAACAUCCACCAAUUUACUAAACCGAACAAUCCUUUUAAAGUCAUCUGCAACCAGUAGUUUCAAAAAAAUACACGUGUCCUAAAAUCACCAUAAGACUGUCAAACUUUCAUAAAAUAAAUGCAAACUGCAUCUUUUGUGUGUUUUGUACUGCGUGCAUUAAUCAUACAAAUGGAAACUGCUGAUUGUAAAUUACACAGUUUCCACUUAGGGCGCCUUUAAGCGGUGGUUCCCAAAGUAAGGGGGGGUUGCAAGCCACCGAGAUGGGGGUCAACAGUUGCCAUUCAAAAACUAAUACGAAUUUUAAAUCAUGCAAAACUGUAUAUUUGACCCAUUAUUGUAAAUAGGUACUGGAAAGUAGUCCAAUU